GUGACUAAUACGAUACGCGACCAUACGCGAUUAACGUGGAUACUACGGAGAGGAGGAACGUUUCGAACGGCCCGUUUCGUGCAACGCGUGAAAUGAGCAUUCCUUGAGUCGCACAGACAAUCCAAGAAGUGAUCAGAGAGAAAUAAUACAAAUCAUAAGCUGUGUUAAGAAAUUACAUUAUGACGGAAUAUAAGCUCGUGGUAGUUGGAGCUGGAGGUGUUGGAAAGUCUGCUUUAACCAUCCAACUCAUACAGAAUCAUUUUGUCGACGAGUAUGAUCCAACGAUUGAAGACUCAUAUCGAAAACAAGUGGUGAUCGAUGGUGAAACGUGCCUUCUCGAUAUAUUAGACACAGCUGGACAAGAAGAAUAUAGUGCAAUGAGAGAUCAGUAUAUGAGAACAGGAGAAGGAUUCUUGUUAGUGUUUGCCGUAAAUUCGGCUAAAAGUUUUGAGGACAUUGGUACAUAUAGGGAACAAAUAAAACGAGUAAAAGAUGCGGAAGAAGUACCAAUGGUCUUAGUGGGAAAUAAAUGUGAUCUUCAACAGUCUUGGGCGGUAAACAUGACUCAAGCGAGAGAGGUCGCGCGACAGUAUGGUGUGCCAUUUGUAGAAACUUCCGCGAAAACGAGAAUGGGUGUAGAUGAUGCAUUUUAUACUUUGGUCAGAGAAAUACGAAAAGAUAAAGAACGUACAGGUAAACCACCUGGCAGUAGUGGGCACAAGAAACGUCGAUGCUUUAUUUUAUAAGUCUUUGGAUAACACCAAUAUACUUUUACUCGAUUACUACGUAAAAAUAGGAGAUAUGAAAAGCCUUACAUUAUGUUCACAGCACAAAUAUUUACAGCUUAUCCUAUAAAAUAUUGUAAUGAAUUGCAAGCACAAUUUUUUCUAUACAUUGAGAGAGAAGAACAAAUUACCUAAUAGUACGUUUUUACUAAUGGGCUUAUGUUGCAUAUAAGAAUGUUUACAUUUGGCAGCUUGCCAUGCAAUUCCAUUACUGAAGCGUCUUAACCCUUGAUUGAAUAAAAGAAUAGUAUUGAUUUUUUUAAUUACAUAUAUUUAAUGUUGGCACAA